GAGGGCCAAAUACUCGAGCAUCAAACCGUCAGGCGGACCAAGUGUCAAGAAGGUUUGGGCCCGAGUGAUUUCGUUGAAAGAAUGGCGAUGUGCCGAUAUCGUUCACUCGAUGAUGUCUGUACUGUGUACAAACGUGAAACUUUACUACAGCCGUUCAUGUAUGCUAUUAUUUAUUUAAUGAGGCACUGUUGAUCCAUUGACUAUGAGCAUAUUUCAGACAUGAGACUUGUUGAUUUUCACCCCCCGGGACCACUUUGCAUGCGGUUUCUUGUCAGACUCCGAUUCUCGCUUAGCUGUGUUGCACUUUGUAGGAGAAAAAGAUGCAAAAGAUUACCCCUUAAUUAUGCUUAGGGAUAGGAAUCCUCUUCGGCAAAGUAAAGUAGCCUAAAAGAUAAUGCCCGACGGUUUCACUUUCUCCUUUCGAAAGCAGCUUUAUCGAAAUAAAGCCUUGAUACAGGAAAAGUUCUCUAACCGUUAGUUGUCUUCUGCACUUGCUUGGCAUGGGUAAAAUUUGGGUUGAAGUUUGCUUGAUAUCUGCUCGAGGACUCCGGCGCACUUCCUCACUUUGGAAGCUUCAAUGGUUUGCUGUUGGCUGGAUUGAUCCUAAGAACAAAUAUUGUACCAAGGUCGAUGCCUCUGGAAAUGCGAAUCCCACAUGGAAAACCAAGUUUGCUGCCUUGCUUGAUGAUUCAGACUUUCAAGAUAUGGCACUGCACGUUGAGGUAUACAGCAGGGAGCCCAUUUUUCUGAGAGAAAAACUUGAAGGGACUGCGACUGUAGUCCUCAAAGAAUUCCUGGCAAAGUAUAGCAACAGCAAUGAGGCCUCAAGGCCAGGAACUGAAGAAGUAGGGAGCUAUCAACUACGCAAAAGAAAUUCCAGUAAACCUCAAGGAUUUGUUGACGUUUCAAUUCAUAUCUCCGAGGAAAGGGAACAGCCAAGUUCAUACCCAGGCAACGACGGAGGGAUUAUGCUCAUGGACCACAACAACAAGAUUACACUACCUACUGAAGGGUCAGGGAAAGCCUUCCCUUCACAACUGCCUCUAGGUCCACUCCGACAACCGGAAAACCAUUCAUCAAGUGUGGCAUACAAUCAUCCACUGCCGUACCCUGCAAAUUAUUCCAAUCCAUCAGUAGGUGGCCCAAGUUACCCACCAGCAGCUGGUCCAAGCUAUCAACCAUCUCGAACUCCUCCACCACCACCUCCCCCAUCUAAUGUUGGUUACCUGCCAACGUUUCUUCCAAACACAGAUUAUAUAAAUAUGCCAUCUUCGGUAGCAGCAGCUGGACCCCGAGGUCCACGACGUGGUUUGGCGAUGGGAGUUGGUGCUGGAGCUCUGGCCGCCGGUGCUGUCAUAUUUGGUGAUGACUUUAUGUCAGGAUUUGAUAAUCUGACUGGCUUACAUGAUCCUAGUCUUACAAUAACAACAAAUCCUCCUUUUUGAUAGAAGGGGUUCCAGUUUCCUGUAAUUGUGCUACAAUGCUAUCGAAUUUGAAUUGGUUGUCCCUUAUUUUCUGCUUUAUUUGUGAGUGUUCAUUUCAUUUUGAUCCUGAUACAGAGAACAAAAAAGUUUUCAUUCAA